UCAAAAUUUACCGGCAUGGAGUUCGCGAAAAGUUGAAGCGAAAGCGAAAAUUCACAAUGUCGAUAUCAACCCCUCAACGUUCACGCGGAACAAAUCGUUGUAAAGAAGAUGUCGACCGAUUUGUUGACCGCAUACAAGAAUCUGAAAGAGCUGCUAGAGGGUAUCAGAUUGGUCUGCUGUAUUACGAAGUCAAGGAGUACGACAAGGCAAAAAGGUAUGUGGAGGAACACAUGGCUAUUAGACCCCGAAUUCCCCAGACACACAAACUCUUGGGCCAGAUUGAAGAAGCAUGUCAUCACCCUGACCGAGCCAUUGAAGCUUACAAAAGGUCACUGGAACUGGAUGGGAAACAAAAAGCAUUGAUUUUGAAAAUUUGUGAGCUCUACGAUCAAGUUAAAGAUGAAGAUCCUCAAGUCUUAAAAGACUGGUAUAAGAGAGGAGAGCGUUUCUAUCCAAGCCAUCCUGCUAUUUUCAGACUAAAGGAGAGAGUCAUAUCCAGGGGAGAUGGUGAUGUAAAAGACAUGGAGAAAUUCUAUCUGACAGAAAUUAAUAAGAAUCAGGAUGAUGUAACGUUACACAGUAAGCUACUGGAAGUCUAUCUUCAGUCAGAGAAGACACUGAGAGAUGCUUACAGAUACUGUACAGAUCCGACAAAGUUCAACAAGUUUCUUGGGCAGAGGGAGUGGUUAGAGACGGUCAUCAAAGUGUUUGAAGCUUAUGAGAAGAAAGAGCAGGUGUCCACAGAUUCCAGGUUCCAGACCCAGAAACUAAUGGUUUUGAUUGACCUUCUAUAUUGUCAGCUGACAGGAAAUGACCUCAUGACCUGCGUGUCAUUGCUUCAUCAACUGGAUCAGAAUCUGUUCAGUGCUUCACUGCUAUCAUCCACAAAGCCUGAUUGGCAGGCCUUCCUUAAGGAGGUUCAGGGUCAGCUCUACUUUCUGUUUGGAUUGAUGUUAUACAAAAGAGCUGAAAAGAGACAGAUAUCUUGGAGGGACGCCAGUUCUUUUGCUGCUGUUUGUUUCAUGGUCAGUUGUAGCAUCCCUUUGUUGGAGACAAGGAGCUCCUGGUACAAAAUGAUGAACGCUGAUCAGAGGAAGAUGUUUGGUAGACUCAGGAGGUUAAGCUGUUACAGGCUCAGCCAAGGAGGUUACUUGCUUCUCCCCCUCACAGAAAGAGGUAACGUGACACGUAUGAAGGAAUACCGACAGUUACAGACGGGGAAGGCAGUGGACAGGAUGUAUGAACUAAUGUUUACGCUGAGGGAAAUGAGAAACAAAGCAAUGUCCUCCUUCAUUGUCGUAAAGGAUUUAUUUAUAGCAACCACACUAGUGGCUCCAUCUAGACAGUCACUGGAGACCUAUGAUGAAGGUGUAUUCAGUUUACAUGAGGGUAACUUACAAGAGCUAGUAUGGAUUGCUCUGAACAGAUACUCCUCACAGGAAGUCACUCAGAAGUCUUAUCCACUUUGUAUCCCAGAGAAAAUCCCGUUGUCUACCCCUGACCUGAGUUCUGCAGCUCCAGAAUCCUUGUGUCAACUUGAUAUCAUGGCUUUCUUCAUCGCUACAGUAAAAUGUGCAGCAUCGGCUUUUGAGGAACGGUGUAAGGUGACACGUUUUGACCAGUACCAGCCUCGAUUACUCCCAGCAUGCUUCAGGGUGCGACUGUGUACGGAAUCUCAGUGUGACUGGUGGACUGCGAUGUACAAGUUCUGUCACAAUCUGGCUAGGGACCAGACCCCCAGAUUGAGACUCGUUAUACAAAAAGGCCUGGAGACCGUCAGACUACUGGGAACUCAUGGAGUGUCUGUAGCACUCAUUAUUCACCUGGCUAGGACAUUUGAUGAAAGGGUGAAAGAGUUGAAAGCGUUGGAAUUGGAGCAGGGGGACAAGCUACAUGCUUUUGAGAGACGAGCAGCUCACUACUGGCAGGAGGCAACACUGCUCUUGUCAAGAAUGGAAAGGAAACUUAACAUCCCCCUGCCCAGGGACAGAAUUUUUACAGAUGAUCGUCCUAUGGACCUAGACGAGAAUCAGAUUCAGGACCUUAUAGAACAAUCCAAGUUCUCCCUAGCAACUGUUGCUAUGCGGGAGGGUCAUUUAGAGGAGGCCAGAGAACAAUUCCUGAAAUUAAAGAUUCCCUGGGCCUCAUACUAUCUGUCCCAGAUAUACAGAACAAUGGCAGAUGAAAUCCAUCCUUCAGAUGAUGAAUCAACCAAUCAGAAGCUAGCUCUUGUUGAACAGUCACUAGACGCCCUCUAUCAGACAUUGGAGAAAAUCCAGGGGGAGAAAAAUCAUGAGCUCCACAGGAUCAUUCCUAAUGACAUUGAUGAGUGUGUUUGUGAGCUGGAGAAUCUACGCCGUGCUUCACUGGGUGUCUCUGUGGUGGACAGUGUAUCAGGAUAUGAAGAUGCGAAGGAUGAGGUAUCGGGGUCAGAUGAGGACACACCCAGUUACAGCACCCCAAAGGCUAGCCACCACACACAAGACUACUCAGAGAGGUCCCAGUCCCCUUUGUCUGGGCUACCGUCCUGCAGCAGCACACCGGCGGUCAAAGAAUCAUCAUCAUCUGGUGGGCUGACCAACAACAGUACACCCGUAAUCAAGGGCAAGUCUCCAGCUAACGUCCACUUCAGCUUUAGUGAGAGGGGCCGGACAAGGCCGAGUCCUGAGCGACUGGAAGCCAGACUUUGGGCACUGGAGGCAAAGCAACAGACCACACUAGACUUGAUGACUGAAUUAAAGGAGCAGCUUAAGGAGAUGAGAGAGGAUCGGGCUCGGCUCCGGGAACUUGAGAGGAGGAUGAUGGACCACAUUAUGUUAUGCAGUUCUAGACCCCAGCCUCCCCAGCCCUACAUACCUCCACACAUUCCCCCACCCCCUCUAGCAUACCCUUCCCAAGUUCCCGCCCUACCUGCCCAGUAUCCCUACCCCCCUAACUCCUGGGUACAGUCCAGUUACAAUUAUACUCAGUCUGUUUCCCCUAUCCCUGGGGGUGGACCAAUGUCCAAUCGUCGACAGUAUGGGAGGGGCAGUCAGCUCAGGCCAGAAUAUGAGGAGGAUAUUUAUCAGUUUGGGGAGGAUCUCUAUGAAGAUGAUGGAUCCCAGCCCCUCCCUGCCAUGUGCCCUGAGCCACAAUUGGUACAGGACUGGCCGUUCGGUAACAAGGCUGGUGUGGAAGGAAAGUCUACCAUCACUUACUCCCCUCAGCCAUCAGUAGCGAGUAGAAUCCCUGCUCAGUCUGGUUUCCUUGCCAACAACUUGAGGGGACAGGCCAUUCAGUACCACGCUAGUGCUCAUGAACAGAAACCAAUGCCUGGUCCUGGAUUUUUCUCCUCCCCUAAGCCAGAAGCCCCACCCUCAGCCUCUGUGAUAGCACAGGCCCUGGCAAAGUCGGGUUCUCCCUCAGUGACCCCAGCCCCCUCCCUCCCAGGACAACCCUCCCCCAGUAUAUCAGCUGGUCUCUCAUCUACAGGUGGAACAGUGGGUUCCUCUCUGCCACUGUUUGGUAGUCUGAUGGCGGCUUCCAAAUCACCAGACAAGGUCAUGACCGGUGAGCUAGCAGGACACAAUGAGCCCGGUAAAUUCUCAUUCCUUCCCUCCACUGUGUCCACCAGCACCACCAUAUCUCAGGGUGGAGGCACCACGAGUCAGAGUGGUGUCCCAGCGACCCAGAGCAGUUCCAUGCCAUUUACUUUUAUGGGAUUUGGAGCAAAGCCUCAAGUGCCAACUUCUUCUGUGUCAGCAACAUCAACAUCUGCCAGUCAACUAGGUGGUGGAUCUGUGUUCUCAUUUAGUAAACCGGUGUUUGGAACCACCCCUACUUCAACGACCUCCUCAGAAACCUCUGCCACAUCUUCUCCUUUUGCUUCUUUCACUGGAUUUGGGUCGUCAAACCUACCAUCAUUCAGUGCACUUACUACAGAUAAAGCUGCUCCAGGAUUUGGUACAGCCACUACUCCUGUAACUAGUCCUGUCAAACCGAUUCCUGCUAAUACUUCAUCUCAUUCCACACCGUCACCACGGAAACGAAAUGACAGCAUGACAAUGGAGGAGUAUGAACCAAAUGUGGACUUUAAGCCUGUUAUUGAUCUACCGAACCUUGUAGAAGUCAAAAGUGGGGAGGAAGAGGAGGAGGUGUUGUUCUGUCAGAGAGCUAAACUCUUCCGAUUCGAUGCCGAUGCCAGUCAGUGGAAAGAGAGGGGGAUAGGGGAAAUGAAGAUCCUGAAGCAUCGUGUCUCCAACAAGUCAAGAAUCAUGAUGAGACGGGAGCAGGUGCUUAAGUUGUGUGCCAACCACCAGAUUACAAAGGACUUGAAGCUGACAACAAUGGGUAACUCUGACAAGACGUGGUGCUGGGUAGCUAACGAUUACUCAGAGGAGGAACUUAAGGUGCAGAGCCUCGCUGUCAGGUUCAAGACAACGGAACAGGCUGAGAGAUUUAAGGAGGUGUUUGAGAAGUGUCAGAGUGAAGCAGAUAAUGAUUCGUCUACUACAGAGGAGGAAGAGGAGACAAGUCCAACAGAAGUGUCUAAGGAAGAUAAUUCCGAAACAAAGAUGCCUGAAGGUAAACAAAUGUCCUUGAAGGAAAUGUUUAGACCCAAAGAAGGUACGUGGACUUGUGAGACUUGCAUGGUUCCUAAUGAACGUGAUGCAAUCUUCUGUUUGGCAUGUAACACAGGGAAGCCAGGGGUUGACCCUAAACUGGUUAAAGAGGCUGUCAAGAAAAGUGCCCCAACGACAGAAAAGCCCAGCCUGGCGGCCAUGUUUAAACCAAAGCCUGGAUCCUGGUCCUGUGAGGGCUGCCUGAUCCAAAAUGAGGCUGACAAGUUACGAUGUGUGGCCUGUAAUGCAUUAAAACCAGGGGUUAAGCCAGAGGAUGUCAAAGAUGAUAUAAAGGGGUCUGGAGUACAGUCUUCAGCUAAAUCUGGGUUCAGCUUCAAGACUUCAUCAACUGGUAGUGUGCGGGCUGUUGGAGGGUUUGUUUUUGGUACCACAACAGCAAACUCUGCAGCUCCAUCUGGGGGAUUUGUAUUUGGAACCCCAUCAACCACAACUUCCAGCAGUUCAUCAGGAGUGGGAUUUGCUUUUGGAACCUCAACUACAAAGACAACUACCACAUCUACAGUCACAGCUGCAUCUGCUGGUGGCUUCACAUUUGGUAAAACAGCAACUGCAGACUCCACUAAAACUUCUGGCUUCACAUUUGGUACUCCUGAUAAAACAACAGCUGACUCCACAACAACUUCCAGCUUCAACUUUGGUACUCUUGCUAAAACAACUGCAGCAGACCCAACGCCAACUUCUGCUGGCUUCAGUUUUGGGUCUCCUUCCACACAAACUGCCUCUGCUAAACCAGAAGUAUUGUUUGGUUCCCCCUCAGCAAAGCCCGAGGUGACCUCAGCCUCAAUCACUCAGACAGGCCCUUCUGGUCCAGGGUUUGUAUUUGGAACAUCUGCUUCCAAAACAACAGGAUCCUCUGAAUCAACUGGAUUUAACUUUGGUGGAAUCAAAAGUUCAGGUUUUGCUUUUGGAAGUCAAUCAUCAAAAGAAGAGAAAGCAGAUUCGUCUGCAGAUGCUGACAAGAAGACUGAAGCCAAACCAGAGGACUCCAAAUCAGAGUUUGACUUUGGAUCAUCAAGAACUGCUGGUUUUACGUUUGGACAGAAAUCAUUUAACUUUGGAUCCAAAUCCCCUGAGCAGAAGCCUGAUUCAACCACAGCUGCAACAAGCACUCAGCCAAAGUCUGCUGAAACCCCCAAACCCGAGGGGAAGAAGGAGGAUUCAAAUCCUACAGCAUUCAAAUUCAGUAAGGAACCACCAGUAUUUGGUGCAGACAGCAGUAGCAAAUCUGGAUUUCAGUUCAAGUUGGAUUCAGCUUCAGACAGCAAAGACAAAAGUUCAUUUAAGUUCACAUUCUCUCCCCCAAAGCCCAGUACAACUGUACCUGGAUCUCCGGAGGUAGACAAAGAGGGUAUGUACAUAAACAAGGAGGGAGAGGACGAUCAUAUUUACUUUGAGCCAGUGAUAAACCUCCCAGAAAAGGUGGAUGUAGUGACUGGGGAAGAAAACGAGACUGUUUUGUUUGCACAUCGUGCUAAACUUUACCGCUUUCACAACAAUGAGUGGAAGGAGAGGGGACUGGGAGAUAUUAAAAUUUUAGAAAAUGAACAGACAAAGAAAAUUAGAAUUCUGAUGAGAAGGGAACAGAUUCAUAAGAUAUGCUGUAAUCACUACAUCACCAAAGAACUUGACUUAAAACCCAUGCCAAACUCAAAUGGAAAAGCUUGGAUUUGGUUCGCUAUGGACCAUUCAGAUGAGGAACCAAAAUAUGAAAAUUUUUCAGUCCGAUUCAAAACACCAGAUAUUGCCAAUAGGUUCAAAGAAGCAUUUGAUAAUGCUAAGCAGAAAGUUUCUACGCCAAGUUCGACCCCAGGUUCUCCUGCUGUUUCUGCUGGAUCCUGUAAACCUCCAACCAGUCUUCAAUCUCUACUCAGCGAGGAUGAAGAUGUAGUGGUUGUUCAGGAAGAGAAGGCUACUCCAGAUCAAAUAGAACAGGCCAGGAAGUUCAUGUUACCUGACCACUUCUACCUGUAUGAGAAAGCCCCACCCUGCCCAGGUUGUAUUGGCUGUGAAGAUUACAAGGAGGGGACAAAAAUCUCUCGUAAAACAAGGACACCCACACCAAAGAAAAUCCAAGUAGAUGAGAUGUCCAGCUCUUCAUCCUCUGGAGGUAUAUUUGGUGCCUCAGCUGCUCCCCCUGGUGGGUUGUUUGGUGCUCAAGCUACAGGAGGUGGAGACACGGGUGACACCCCAAGCCUGUUUGGUCAGGGGUCCACAGGGGGAAUCUUUGGAGGGGGAGGUGUAUCUGGAUUCUCCUUUUCAGGCCUGGCUGCCAGUUCAGGAACGGAUGCUAAUGCUUUCAAAAAAGAUGAUAGUAAGCCAUUUAAUUGGAUGGGAGCAGGACAGAAACUCUUCACCCAUGAUGACCGAGAAGAGGAGGGAGAUGAAGUGGCUCAGGGAGAGGAUCCUCAUUUUGAACCAGUGGUCCCCCUCCCUGACCUUGUGGAGGUCAAAACAGGUGAGGAGGAUCAUGAAAAAAUCUUCAGUCAUCGAGCAAAGCUGUUCCGAUAUGAUGGGGACACAAAACAGUGGAAAGAGAAAGGAAUUGGAGAAAUGAAAAUUCUAAGACACACUGGAACAGGACAAUACAGACUGUUACUGCGAAGAGAACAAGUACUAAAGCUUGCUUGUAAUCAGAAGCUGACCUCUGACCUCAAAUUCCAACCAAUGGCAACCUCUGAGACUGCUUGGUGUUGGGUUGGUCAGGAUUUCAGUGACAAUGAACCAAAGCUGGAGCAGCUUGCUGUGAAGUUUAAGAGUAUUGACUUGGCAAAAGAAUUCAAGGCGAAGAUUGAUGAAUGUCAAAAAAACCUGAUUGAGAAUCCUCCCCAAGACUCCACAGACAAUCAGCAGACAGGCAUUUCAGCUGAGGAAAGAUCAACAGAAGAACGUCCUGGAGAGGAAGAUGAUGAUGAAUAUGAGGAUGUUGAAGAUGAUGAUGAUGAUGAAUAUGAUGAUGUUGAAGAAGAAAUCCUACUGGAGAAGCGUGUGACGUUUCAGAUGAUGGAGGAUGACCAGUGGAAGAAAUGUGGGACAGGUGUUCUGAAGGUUAUUUCUGAUGAUGAUGUAAAUGGACACAGAGUGAUCUUCACCACAGACAAGAAAGAGAAUCUCUGUAACCAUAUAAUAGCAGUGGAGUCCAGCAUUGUUCUAGACAAGAAGCAGCAUUUCUGCGAGUGGCACCCAAUAGACUUUGCUACAGAUGAACCAGUCAGAAGAGGGUUUAGGGCCAUUUUCAGCUCUGUACCUGCAGCAGAGGAAUUUCACAGACUCUUUCAACAGGGUCGGACUCUGGCUCAUGACAUGGGUAUUUCAGAGAGAGGAGGGGAGCCUCAUGAACUGAAGGUGCCUGAGGUCCAUGGACAGGGAGUCAAUGAUGACUGAGGGGGAGGCCUGGAACUGUCUCCAGGGGAGGAGGAUUGAGGGGUGCUGUUUGUUACCGACAUGACUAUUAUGAGCAGAAAAUUGACUGGUGCCAAAUGUGCUACAUCUAAAUUGGCUAAUCUUUAUAUUUUUUCAUACAUUGAUCAGUACAGAUUACAGAUGUUUUUAAAUGUAAUCCCUGUGUUAUGUCAUUAAUUUAUUUUGUCAUUUACUUGACAAUUUCAUUCAGUAGAACAGGAAGUUGUUAUCUCUAUGACAACAUGUUACCGUGUAAUUCACCAGUAUGUGAUUUACAUGUAUAUUCUGUGUUACUCUUCUCUCUCUCCUGUCUGACUCCAAUUUCAGAUGUGAAUCAUGUGUAUAAUGUUAUAAAAGUGCUAAAAUAACUCAAUAAAUCACUAACUAUGAACUUUAA